AUGUUGAUGCAAGUCAUGGUGUUGAUGGGAGUCGCCAGUUGUGCAGCAUCGUUUACGGUGUCCUCGGUCAGAUUCCAUGGAGCUCCGUAUCGUGCAUUGAGAGAAAUCAAUAGAGAGCUCGCAAAGCGUUCGUUCUCCCAAUUGAAUCAGUACUCUGGAUUCGAUACUCUCGGUGGAAUGGGUCUUGGAAAACGGAGUGAUGCAGAUCAAGCUGGAGAGAAACGAGCCGCAUUGAGCACGUUUGAUUCGAUUGGAGGAAUGGGACUCGGAAAACGAUCGGCACCAUCUUUCUACUUGUACGAGAAACGAGCACCACAUGCGAUGACUUCUUUGGAUACACUAGGUGGAAUGGGUUUCGGAAGGAAAUGA